CCAGCGCCCGCCUUUGAGAUCCCGGCGUGGGUGGCGCGGCUGAGCGCCCGCACGAUGACCGCGUGGGCCAACCUCGUCUCUGGCCGGCCGCCCACGGCGCCGACGGACCUGGUCCGCACUGCCGUGAGCGGGACGCUGUGCUUCGACGCGGGAAAGUCGAAGCGCGAGCUCGGCAUGGAGUACACGCCGAUCCGCGUCGCCUUUGCUGAAGCCAUCGAUCUGAUCACGGACACGACGACGCGGACCGGGGAAGACGAGCGCGACGGUGCGAUGAUCGCAGCCGAGCAGCGCGGCCGGCUCGUGGAGGAGGGCGAGCGGGGGGGGGAUGGUGGGUGA